ACUCUUUGCUUAAUAUUAUAAAAAUAAAAUUUAUACAGUGUUCUUCUUUAUUUUAUACGUAACAAAAAUGUGAUUCACAAGUGCAUUACUCAUUAAUAUACGUCAAAAAUGGGAGUGACUAAUGAGAAUACACAAGAAAGGUUUCUAAUCUGAUUUCAGUCUUCAAAAGUGUAUCAGACAAUGCAUUUAUUUCUAUUAAGAAAUAAAUUUUUUUUUUAAAUGAUAUUUUAUUAACAAAAGUAGAGUUUUUAAAAACGUUUUUCUUUGUCAGUAUUAAGAUCUAAAUAAGCGAAACUCAGUGAACCGUGUACAAAGCUUUUUUUAAAUUUUGGGCCCCGAUUACGUUUCUCUUCUGUGUGUGUGUGUAUGUUACUUUUACUUGUUUGUGACUUUUAUAAAAUGCCUUUCCCUUUCGUUCGAAGGUGGUUCUUGGACUUUCAAUAAGUGCGAGUGAGUAUAGGUGCUUGUUGUGGAUGACUCGUGGCGAGAAGAGAACAGCGGUGUUGUGACCGCACCAUCGCGGCAAGAUGGCUGCUCGUCAGGAACACGCCUUGAAGGGCCUCGUUGUUUUUUGCCUUUAUUUCCUGUUCGCGAUUGUUUAUGGACAACAGGACAGUUAUCAACAAUAUCAAUUUCCACGUUAUCGUGAUCCUCAAAGUGGAGGAUUCUAUAAUCGCGAGGGUGUUUUUGUGCCAUCAAAAAACACUCCCGAUUAUCAGACGUACCUGUAUAAAGACAGACGAUAUCCACUUCAACCAGAUUUUCAAAAUCCUUAUUAUCGUGGAAAUACUCGUCUUCCAGAGGAUCGUUAUAAAACUGGGGACUCUACACCACGAUUUCCAUUGCCGGGAGUUUUGGCAGGUUGGAGACCAGAUCUUCAGGGAAAAGAAAGAGCUGAUUCAAAAAAUUUAGAUCGUGAUAUUUUUGUUCAAACAAAUCAUGGACAAAUUCAGGGAUUCAAAGUUUAUUUGUACGAUAUUCCUGAAUCAAGACAUAGACCUUGGAGUCAACCUGUUGAAAGAGUCACUCGUGAUGUUAAUGUUUUUCUUGGUAUACCCUAUGCGAUGCCACCAGUUCUCGAAGGAAGAUUUAAACCCCCUAGACCUCAUCAAGGUUGGCAACUUUUACAAGCCGUUGAUUGGGGACCAGCUUGUCCUCAACCUGAAGAAUAUACAGGAAUUUCAAAUGGUAUUCGAGCUGUCGAUGAAGACUGUUUAUAUCUAAACAUUUUCAGUCCUAAUAUUGGCUCUGGUUUAGCAAGAAAGUAUCCCGUAAUGCUUUAUAUUCAUGGCGGGGAAUUUGUUCACGGAGCUAGCAAUUCAUUUCCAGCUCAUAUGUUGGCUGCUUUUUAUGACGUUGUCGUCGUUACGAUAAAUUAUCGACUUGGAGCUCUGGGAUUCCUUUGCACGGGAGAUGAAAAUAGUCCUGGAAAUUAUGGACUUUUUGAUCAGGCAAUGGCUUUGAGAUGGGUUUAUGAAAAUAUUGUCAAUUUUAAUGGCGAUCCUAAGGCAAUAACACUUUUUGGUCCUGGGGCAGGUGCUGCGAGUGCUGGAAUACUAAUGGUGGCACCUCGAACGCAUUAUAUGGUUUCAAAAGUAAUUGCUCAGUCCGGUUCAGCAUUAGCUGAUUGGGCAGUGAUAAUGGACAGAUAUAGAGCACAAAAUACAUCAAGAGUUUAUGCACAACAUGUUGGCUGUGGCAUUGAAAGUAGCUGGAGACUUGUUCAGUGUUUAAAAGAUAGUCGUCAAUUUCUCGAUCUUGGAAAAUCAAAUAUGAAACCCCAGGUGGGAAUGUUUCCUUGGGCUCCUGUUUUAGAUACGAAUUUCACUGUACCUGGUGAUACUUGGUAUGAAAAUUGGAGAGCCGCCGAUUGGCAUUUCUUUAUUGAACCUCCCGAAGAAAGUAUUAAAGCUCGUCGAUUUAGAAAUGAUAUCGCUUACAUGGCCGGUGUUACAACUCAAGAAGCUUCUUACAUCAUUUCUAAGAAUGUAACAUUGUCAAGAAAUCAGUUCAUCAUCACUCCAGAAAUGUUUGAUCAAAAAGUUUGGGAACUUGUUUUGCAAUAUAAUUACACGUUAAAUCCACAGGGUGUAUUCGAAGCAAUAAAAUAUAUGUACACAUAUUGGCCAGAUCCGAAAAAUGUUACUCACAUUAGAGAUCAGUAUAUUAACCUUUUGUCCGAUUUUCUUUAUGUUGCGCCAAAUGAUAAAAUUGCAAAAUUAUUAGUAGAACAAAAUGUUCCCGUAUAUUUAUACGUUUUAAAUACGACAAUUGAAGCUUUGAAAUUAGAACAUUGGCAACGUGUUCCUCAUGAUAUUGAAUAUUUACUGUUAACUGGUGCCCCUUUCAUGGACACUGAAUUUUUCCCUGAUUCUUUAAAAUUAAAGAGAGACAUGUGGACAGACAAUGAUCGUAAUAUGAGUCAUCUUUUAAUGAAAGCUUAUGCCAACUUUGCAACUUAUGGAAAUCCAACGCCUUCGCAAAUUCUUGGUCUUCAUUUCGAUGAAGCUAAACAAGGCUGGCUGUGUUAUUUAAAUAUCAAUACAACGUACAAUAGUUCAAUUCUUUUAAAUUAUCGACAAACUGAAAGUGCAUUUUGGUCCAUGUACUUGCCGACAGUUAUUGGACGAUUGGUCCCAACUUAUCCUCCCGUAACAGAGUAUUGGUGGGAACCGAAGCAACCACUGCAAAUUGCUUUUUGGUCAAUGUCAACGGCUUGUUUGGUAUUAAUUGUCAUAUCGGUGGUCUGUUGUAUGCUGUGGCGAAACUCCAAGAGAAAGUGCGAUCACUACUAUAGCGGAGACAUCUUGAUGGUACGAGACGAAGAGCCUUCGGAGGGAAUCGAAAAUAUGACGAGGGCUUCUAAAGAAAAUGUUUAUGAAUAUCGUGAUACACCGCCAGUAAGACCACGUGUUUCACGGCAAAAUGAUGCUAAACUACAGGAGAGAUUGGCUCAAAAUCGAAAAUUUAGCUCAACACCCUCAUUAAGAAGUAAUUCUAAUAUAUCAUUGAAAGAUAUGCGCUCUGAGGGUUUUGUGACAAGUUCGCCGAAUGGUCAAACAAAAAUUGGUAAGGCUAAUAGUCAAACAACAUUGGCAACAAAAACUAAAAGUAAAACUUUACUCGUUCAAGGUGUGCCUCAAACUGCCGUUUGAUUUCUUUUAAAGAAACUUAAUUUUUUUUUUAGCUUUUAAAUGAAAUUUACCUCUAAUGGAAAAUUUUGUUAGUCUACAUUUUAAUGGUUCUAAAUUGUGUUUAAAUUUUUUCGUUUUACUUUUUACAGUACUUUUUUUUUACUUUUUAUAGUACUUUUUUAAUUUUACUUCAAAUAAUUUUAAAAUAUGGGGUUUUUAUUUUUUAUCAUUUUCAGUUUUACUGAAACGUUUUGGUUUUACUUGAUACGACUGAUGAGGUUUUUUUAGAAAAAAAUUUUUAUUUUACUUUUUAUUCAAAUUGAUAGAUUUUCUAUAAGUAGUUUAAUUAUUUUUUUUAUCAAAAGCAAAGCUUUGGUAAUUUGUUUUUUUGUAACUAUUUUUUAAUUAUGGUAAGCCCAUGAUCAAACUAUUAAAGCACCGAGUCUACAAUAAUUUUACAGCAUUAAGCUUUAUAUUAAUGAUAAAUAAAUAUUUUAAUAUUUUCAAUACUUGAAUACAUUAAAAAUAUUUGUAUAAUACUUUUUCUUCUCAUUUUUUGAGAUACACGAAUUAAGAUUAUCGAAUCAUAUUUGUAAUUUUUUUGAAAUGUUAAAAUUUUUUCAAAUUCAAUAUUUAAAAAAAUACUUUAAAAAAAUUUUAUUUAUAUUUUAUUAUUAUUUAUCUAAAUAAAUCGUAAUAUAUUUAACUUUUUAAAAAUUUCAAUUUUUUAAUAUAAAGCAAUUGAUUAAUUGCAAUUUGAUUCGAAUUGAAAGUGAAAUUUUCGUGUAUUCUUUGAAUUGGGGAAAAAAAAAGAUUUACAAUACCUUCCGAAAUGGUUCUUUACUGUAAGACAAUGAUAAAUUUAAAAUAUAGCCAUUGCACUAGCCAUUAUAUGCCUAAAUAAAUGGGAUUUAAUCAUUUAAUUAUAUAAGUCGCAAGAUUCAUUGCAUGCUAAUGAAUCGAUGCAUACCACCGUCUUGUCCGUUCUUCAAUAUAUUCAUAAGUAAACCUAUCCGUCCAUCGAAAAUGUGAACGUUAUAGAUUUAUAUCUAGAAUAGAUUAUAGUUUAUUAGUUUUAUAAAUAAUUAUACCUGAUAUAUUCAUUAAGGUAUACAAACAAAAAAAAAACCCAAGUGUACAUGAAUAUAUAUUUUUACAAUUUAUUGUAUAUAUAAUUAUAAUAAUUAUUAAAUUUAUAUUCAAUAGGAUUGAAUGAGAAGAGUGUAUCUUAGUUUUUUAAGUAGCACAAAACUAUAUUAUAUAUAGAUAUGCUUUAUUUUGCGAAUAUUGUUACCCUCUCUUUCGACAAUGAUUCACAAAUAAAAAUUUUUUUAAUUUGUCCCUCUAUUUGAGAGAUAAAAUAGUCUCUUGUGAAUCACGCCAAAUAUCCUUAGUGUUAAAAAAAAAAUGUUUAAAAUUUUUAGAAAGUAUUAAAAUUGCUAGAAUAGAAAUUUUAAAAGUUUAUAUUUAUCACACAGAGAUUUCUAAAGUUUUUAAAACAAAAAAAAAAAAAAUACUUUGUGUAUAAAAUAUUGAUUUAUUCGGAGAAUUUUGGAAAUUUUAUAUUUACGAAAUUGUUAAAUAUAUAUACGUAUUAUGGGAAAUUAAAUAUUUCCAAAUGUUAGAUAAGUUUUACACUUCAUUGUUGUAUACAUGAAAUAUCAUUCACGAAGCUCAAAUAAUAAGGAUUUACUUCUAUGCAAUCGACGAUGGAGAAUAAUUUCAAAGAUGUUUUUUAAUACAAUUAUUUUCGAUAAUUAAAAUAACGUAAAAAAUAAUAAAUGUAAAUAACUAAAAAUAAUUGAUAAAAUCUAAGAAAUUAAAUAUUUUAUAAUUUUUUUAGAUCUUUUAAUAUUCUAUUGUACAAAAAAAUGUAACGAUUUUUUUAUUUUGACCUUAGACAUCGUCAUUGUAUAAAAAGUAAAUUUUAAUUCUCAUCACAUAUUUUUAGGAUUAAAAAGAUUCACGCAAUUUACGACUUCUAGCAAUAGCGAUCUCAAAGUUUUUUUUUUGUAACACUUUUAAGAGAUUAACGUUUUAAGAUCAACUACGAUACACUAGAAAUAUCAGUUAAAAAUAAUUUACUUACUUUUCUACAUAAUUUUUAUAAUUCACUGUGAAUAAAUAGGUUUUAUAAAAAAAAAAUGUAUGUAAAAAAAUAAUACUGUACACAGCAUUUUAUAAUACGAGUCACAUAACUCGCAACUAAAUAAAGUGUAAUAAAUCUAAAUUUAA